UGAGGUCAGGAAACGUGUAUAUCUUGCGAAAAUAGUUUAAGACAUUUACAUAUAGCGUGUUUUGCGUACAAUAAUGGCUAUUAUGUUGACACAGAUAUUGUUCAUUAUUCCUUUGUUAAUUUGUACAAAAGCACAAAAUCAGCAGCAGAUGACCACGGUGACACCAGUACGGUAUGCUCUCAUUCUGCGGGAACUUGCCGAUGUGACACGAGGCCGGGAGGCACUGCAAGUCAAAGUUAAACAAUACAGAGAAACCUAUGACCAGCUGCAAAGAAAAACUGCUGCAGAUAAAGCUGCAUGCCGCUGUUCCAGUAAUACUGCCGUAGCAUUUACCGCCCAUCUUGAUAAAGAAAUCACAGUUCUUGGACUUGACCAGCCACUCCCUUUUGAUAACGUCACAUUGAAUGAAGGAAACGCGUACGAUGCACGCCACGCCCAGUUCCGAGCUCCAUUCAACGGAACCUACCAGUUCUUCGCAUCUUUGACCAGUAAUGCUGGGUACCAGUUAGCAGCACAGUUUAUGCUCAAUGGUUCGCCUGUAAUAAAUAUACGCACCGGAAAUGAUAACCAGUUCCAUACGGCAACAAACGGAUUGGUGGUACAUAUGAACGCCGGUGAUGACCUGUGGGUUCAGCAUGCCCAUUCUGUCGCCGAUUCGAACCGACUUUUUCACGGAGAAGGACUGUUAACUACGUUCUCGGGAUAUCUUGUCAAUAAAGAUUAAAAUGUA